GGGCGUUUGGGGAGGAAACCUCAGGUUUAGGGAGAGAGAAGAGAGUCAAAAGUGUCAUUUGAAUCACAAUGGCAGCAUAUGCCAGUGAUGCUUGUGACUUUACUGCAUUUUCUUAAAAACACACAUCAAGCGCUUUUUGUGAACAUGCCAUAAAUUUCUUUUUAUGUCUGAAGGGCCGGGGUUGGCAGCGGGACGCUUUUAGCGAGACUCGGAAGAAAACCGUGAGAUAGAGGUUGUUUUCUGCGAGUAACUUUCACGCGAAGCUGCUGGAAUCGUGUCGCAAACUUAAAGACGCAACAAGGAACAUGGAAGUUAUUGUGUCCGUAUGUUUUAUGUAGUUUGAAAGCAAAAUAAUUAAGCUUUGAAAGACCCAGAUAUGAACAAAAAAGUGCCUGGGAUAGAAUUGAGGUUGGCUCGUGGAACAAGAGUAAUCUUCUGCCUCCACUUAUUCUGAUAAAUUGCUCUGGUCUUGAAGGAGAAGGAAACUUUUACCUAAUUUGACAGACCUAGUAUGGUUCAGGAAACCUUGGAAAGAAAAGGUGUGCAGCAAAACCCCUGAGGUGCAUCAGUACCUUAAUCUACAAGUUGACAGUAGGAGGUGGUUUGUUGCAUGGAAUCACCGGCCAGAGGUCAAUCACAGAAAAAUACUAAUGGUCAUUCCCAUGGUGAUGAGGCUUCAAGAUCCAUUCUGCUAUUGGUGUUCAUUUGUUUUUGUGGAGAGUUCAGUCUCUGGUGGGAACAGUUUUUUCUGAUUGGGGAGAAAACUGAUUUCAGGGAAUGCAAGGAGAACCACAAGAUGCUGGCCCAAGGCCACCAGCGGCUGCAGUGUCUGAGGAUGAACUGCAGAAUAUGUCAGAUGUUCAUCAAAACCUGUCAGAUGCAGAUGCCUUUAAGCUUUUAUGGGAGAUGAAGAUGCAAAAGAGACAAGGAAAGCCAAAUCUUCCAGACACUGUGACUGAACUUGGUACAGAAGAUGGCUGUAAAGUCUACCUUGUCGGAACCGCCCAUUUUAGUGAGAGUAGCAGAAAAGAUGUUGUAAAGACGAUUCAAGAAGUGCAGCCAGAUGUGGUGGUGGUAGAACUCUGUCAGUAUAGAGUCUCCAUGCUCAAGAUGGAUGAGAAGACAUUGCUGAAGGAAGCCAGAGAAAUCAACCUGGACAAAUUACAACAAGCUAUAAAACAGAAUGGAGUCAUGUCUGGGUUAAUGCAGAUGCUGUUGUUGAAGGUCUCAGCUCACAUCACUGAACAGCUGGGAAUGGCCCCAGGAGGGGAAUUCAGGGAGGCCUUCAAGGAGGCUGGAAAAGUGCCUUUUUGUAAGUUUCACCUUGGGGAUAGGCCCAUCCCCAUUACCUUUAAAAGGGCCAUUGCUGCACUUUCCUUCUGGCAAAAGGUCAAGCUAGCCUGGGGUCUCUGUUUCCUGUCAGAUCCAAUCAGUAAGGACGAUGUAGAAAAGUGCAAACAGAAAGAUCUUCUGGAGCAGAUGAUGUCUGAAAUGAUUGGAGAAUUUCCUGAUCUUCACCGCACUAUUGUUGCUGAACGGGACGUUUAUCUUGCCUAUAUGUUGAAGCAAGCAGCAAAGCCAUUAGAACUACCUCUGGCUUUAGGAUCUGAGCCCAACCAACAAAUGCCAUCUGUUGUGGUCGGAGUGGUUGGAAUGGGUCAUGUACCUGGAAUUGAAAAGAACUGGAAUAAUCUAUUAAAUAUUCAUGAAUUAAUGAGUGUGCCUCCCCCUUCAUUAGCUACUAAAGUAUUCAAGUUUGCUCUUAAAACAACGAUUAUGGGACUGCUAGGUUACGGCUGCUACCGCAUGGGAAAAGGGACCGUUCAGUUGAUGCUUUCAAGACCAUUAAUACAGAAUUACCUCCACAAACUUACAAAUCAAAAAUUCUAACCAGACCAGUUUGAGGAUGACCUUUUUACACAAUGAUUUAAGAUGAUCGAAGACAAAUAUACAACAAGCUUUCCCUGUGUAUUUUACAUUAUGAAUUCUGUUAUGCAAAUAAUUUGGGACACAAAGGAUGAAUUCUUAUUGCUUAAGAGCCACAUCAUCAGGAAACGACGAGUCCCAAAUUUUUGAUCUGAAAAUUUACCAAUGACUAUGUGCAAAAGCACAACUCAAACAUGUGGAGUAAUGUACAGUACAUAUGCCUUCAUUGUGACUGAUGGAACUUGGUGUUAGUCAACAUGUUAACGUUGCAAAUUAUAUUUCAAAAUAUUCUGCUUUCAUUUAAAUUUAUCUUUUUGCUGUGAUGCAAGGUUCUGAAGCCCAAGGUUAAACUUACUUUAAAAUCAUCCUGAGAUACUCUUGAAUGAUUCAAAAAAUUAUACAGUUACCUCAGACAUUCAUUAUAAGUGUUUUUCGUACGUUUCCGAUGUUGACAUGAAAACAUUUUGGCAUACCACCAAUAUUGUUCCCAAUUGAACAUUCAGUUUGUCCCCUUCUCUAAAACUGAUCACCGCAAUUGGAACCUUUAUUUUGAUAGGUGAGAGAAUUUGAUCAUAUUGAAUAGAAAUAUUUUAAAUUAUUUAUGACUCAGCCUUUCAAAAAUGACAUGCAAUUGCCAUUUUCUGCUUUUCCUAUUUAUUCCACUCUGCCAUUUCACACAAACGUAUUACAAAAACGACUUAGAACUUUUAAGAGAAAAGGUAUUCAGGAACAAGGUGGCCUCAAGAUUGCUAUUCGUAUUUUUUUUCAAGGCUGCAUUUAACUUGUCAUACAAUUAUUCUCUAGUGUUCUUCAUAAUCGUUAGAUGCCAACCUUGAAGAGUCUGAUUUAAAUCAAAAUUCCCAAAGUAAUUUUUCUCUGCUAUUGUAUUAUGUGGAUUAUCAACACAUAAAAAGGAAUUUGCUUCUGUCUCAUUCUGCGUGUGCUAAAUCUUGGUUACCUUUAUUCUGAAUUUAUAUUACUAUGUUGAAAUGUCUAUUUUUCAAAUUAUUGAAGAACUUCUAGCAAAUUUUGGCUAACAAUAUAGACGACAUGCACUAUUUGUACAUCUUUGUUGCCUUGGUAGUGUUUGCUUAACUGCUUCUAUUUUAGUAUUUGACCAGCAUUACCUUUAGUGGGAAAAAAACAGUACCCUCAGGUUAAAUUCUGUACUUUAUUUGAUGCAGAUUAUGCAGGAAAAUUAUAUAUGGAAAACAGCAAUUCAUAAUUUCCUAAUUAAUGUUGUACCUUAUUCUAAACAGUAAAACUGUACUGUUUAGAGAAAUUGAUAUUGAACCAUGCAAAUCUCUGAAAUGGAGGAAAGGGCUCAAUAAUUAAGUAGCUUUCACAUUAUUUUGCAGGCUUUAUAUAGAAUAAGAUACAUCUUUGUUGUCUUCUUACAGAAGUGUGACUUUUACUUGAGCAGCUUGGUUGGGUGUGUAUCUGGUACAGCUGAAAUCAUAACAAUCUACAGUAAUAAAGUAAGAGUGAAUGGGAAUGUAGACUGGAUAUCCGUGGUUGUAUCGGAAAUCUGUUUGCAAUAGAUGGUUCUCCCCAUCAUUUACGUGCUAUGCACUUGUUCUUACUUGAUUGAGCUGACUUCAUUUUUACAAUAUGCAGAAAGGAAGUACAGUAAUUGUGCAUGUAAAUAGUGGUCGAUCAGAUUUGGAGCGGAGCAUAACAUUGAUUCAAGAUAUAAAGCUGCAUGGAUUACAAGUGUGUUUAAAAUGGGAUUUUAGAAUUUAUAUAGCAAAGGUACCAUUUUUUUUUCCUGAACAGAGAAAUAAAUGUUUGCUCAAAUAAUUCAAAUGGAAUGAAGCUACUUAUAAAAUAUCAGCUUCCCUUUUUCAAAAAAAAGCAUUACCAACUCUAAAUUGUUUUAAACUAUAUACCAGUAUCCAUUGGUCAGUAACUAGUAAUUAAUUUUCCUUUUGAGGAAAAAUGAGAAUGAACCACAAAAAGACACAUCUGCAGCAAUGUUGGUCUCAUCAAAAAUGGUUGCUCUAGUACUUCUGUUUUUUCCUCCUUGUAAUUAAAACAGUAAACCGUUAAUUGCACAAAUAAAUAACAUUGAAGUGGCUUUUAGUAGCUAAGUUUUCUGAACACAACAGUAAUGUUUAGGCUGUUUCUAUAAACUAAGAUCUGCAUGCAGUCCAGUUAUGGCAGUGUAGAAAUAGUCACACUUCUGUUUUAUAUGUGCAUUUGUUGCAGAUAGUUUUUUUAUAUAGAAAUAAUCUGCAAUUUCUUUCAGUAUUUGUGUUGAGACGUGUACAAAAGAAGGACUUGCUUUUUUAAUGCUAAUUUAGUAUACAAUUCUGUCUUUUUUUACAAAAUACUGCCUUAUAUUGAUUUUUUUAAAAAAAAUCAUUUUCUAAACUUGCAAGUCACACUAGUGAUGCAAAUUAUUAAAAUGGGAGUUCAGUUAGGUACAAUGAUGCUCAAAUUUGCUUUAUCUGUCAAAUGACAUUCUUCUGAAAUGCUGUUUAUUUUUGCUUUGUACAUUUGAAUAGUUAAACAUGUGUUCAAACCCCACAAUUGACAGUGGCUUGUUUGGGACAAAAUCAAUGUGUUUAUGAGGAGUAUCUGUUUAUGGUACUUGCUUCUAAUAACUAAUAUCAAUGAAUGUAGUCCAUAUAUCCAAUGUACUAAAGCAACUUGUGCAAUCCAAAUUUCAUGAAUGAAUACGUUUUUACAAAUGUAAGGAAAUGAGCAAUAAUAUUAAAGUGCAUUUAGCAGUUUUGUGGCCUACACAAACUGUUUUAGCACUACUUCAAAUCAUCAAAUAUGAUAAUACAGUGAGAUGCAAUGAUGUGGUGUAUGAUUAUCAAUGAUUUAUUUUGACCGUAGCAGUUACAGCUUAAUCAUUCCUGUUAAAGCUUAUUUCUGAGGUUACAUUCCCUGAAAAGGUUAAUACUCUCUCAACAAUGUACCAAAAAAGAUCGUGUUGAUUUCUAUCAAGUGUUAUCUAUUUUGUGAUGCUGUUUUGCUGGGCUUCUUCUGCUUCUCAGGUACUGUACUUUGAAUUUAUAAAAAAAAGCAGUUUUAAGGUUGCAGCUACUCAAGUUGGAUAUUGAAAUAUAAAAAGCCAUGUUUCCCAGACAUCCUGCUAAUGGGGUGUUUUUUCUGUGUCCUGUGUCUUUGUUUUAGUUCUAUAAAUGUCGAAAACAAAUGAAAUCUUUUCCUGCAAUUAUGUAGAAGGACCGUGCCUUUUUUGACAGCAAAGUAUACGUGGUGUAUUGGAGACUAAGUGUACCAUAAGUGCAGAAAUUAAGUAUUAAAAGUAAUUCUAUCUCAGUAUUUUUCAGUUUUGUUUUGGUAAAAUGACAGAUAAAUCUGAGUGAGGAUUUUUCCCCCGAAUUAUAAAAUGGUAAUUUAGAUAAAAGCCAUUUUUUUUUAAAAAAAAACUAAAAGCUAAGUAAGCUACUCACCAGGAUGGUCCAUUUUAGAUCCAUGGUGUGUUCUGAUCUCAGCUGAGGUAGCGGGAGGAUGGCUAAAUUUAGCCACAAUGGCCCUGGUUUUGGGAGGAGAUAAAUCAAACCCUUGUUUCUGAUCACUAACCAACGACGUGUCUUGGACAGAACACCUGAGGGGAUAUUGGAUGAGUAGGGUAACUGGCAAAGCUGCGAUCUUUCACUCCCCUCCCCCCACCAAGGCAUGGUGCCCAUUUUAAUCUCUCCAUGUUUUAUAGUCUGCAUUCCUUCUAACAGUUCGUCACAUGUGUAUAAUAAUCCUUGUAUCACGUCUUCAAGACGUCUCAAAGCGCUUCACAAAACAUACUGUAAAGUAAAUUGACUAUAAGAAUGCAUGUCACCUGUAGAUUGCCUGUUACAUGAUCAAUGUUGUUUUAGCAAUCUAAGGAAGAUAAUCUACAGAUUAGUCGCAUUUCAAA